GGGGGCGAGCGGCGGCGGCGAGGAGCGGAGGCGCCCCAUGGGGAACACGCUGACCUGUUGCGUGUCCUCGAACGCCAGCCCCAAGCUGGGCCGGGGCACGGGGCCGGCGGAUCCCGACUACGAGUCCGACGUGUACCAGGCGGCGGCCGGGGACGCGGUGGCAGUGGCGCCGGCGCCCGCUACCGUGGAGCCCGCCGAGUUGGAUUUCGGAGCCGGCGAGGGCCACCACCUGCAGCACAUCAGCGACCGGGAGAUGCCCGAAGACUUAGCUUUGGAAUCAAACCCUUCUGACCAUCCAAGGGCAAGCACAAUUUUCCUGAGCAAAUCUCAAACGGAUGUGCGAGAAAAGAGGAAGAGCAACCAUUUAAACCAUGUAUCUCCAGGGCAGCUUACUAAAAAGUAUAGCUCAUGCUCAACAAUAUUUCUAGAUGACAGCACAGUCAGCCAACCUAAUCUUAGAACCACAAUAAAAUGUGUGACCUUAGCAAUAUAUUACCACAUAAAGAACAGAGAUGCAAAUAGAUCUUUGGAUAUUUUUGAUGAGAGAUCACAUCCACUCACACGAGAAAAGGUUCCGGAGGAAUACUUUAAGCAUGAUCCUGAACACAAAUUUAUUUACAGAUUUGUUCGUACUCUUUUCAGUGCUGCACAGCUAACAGCUGAAUGUGCAAUAGUAACUUUGGUUUACUUAGAAAGGCUUUUAACUUAUGCUGAGAUCGACAUUUGUCCCACUAACUGGAAAAGAAUUGUCUUGGGAGCCAUUCUUCUUGCCUCCAAGGUUUGGGACGAUCAGGCUGUAUGGAAUGUGGACUACUGCCAAAUCCUGAAGGACAUUACAGUUGAGGACAUGAAUGAGAUGGAAAGGCAUUUUUUGGAGCUACUUCAGUUUAAUAUUAAUGUUCCCUCCAGUGUUUAUGCCAAAUACUACUUUGACCUUCGCUCCUUAGCAGAUGACAACAACGUGAAUUUUCUGUUUGCUCCUCUUAGCAAAGAAAGAGCACAAAACCUAGAGGCCAUUUCCAGAUUGUGUGAAGACAAAUACAAAGACUGGUCUCGAGCUGCUAUGAGAAGGUCUUUCAGCGCUGAUAAUUUCAUUGGUAUUCAGCGCUCUAAUGCCAUCCUUUCUUAAGGGAGGUGUGGGAGGGGUUGGAACACCGUGAACCCCUCAUUCUACAAGGACUGGAGGAAUACCACCUCUCCUCACAAACCAGCAAAGUUAAUAUUUUCAUCUAAAAGAAAGACCUCGAAUUCAAGAGACUCGUGGACCACAAGGAUUAUGCUCAUAGGAAAGAACGGGACUUUGUCAAUGCAACACUCUUUUGUCCUUUUUAAUGUAAACAGAGUUACAAAAACCACUCCAAAGCAAAAGCUCCAACCCACACACAUAUACUUGCUUACUAUAUUGGCUGAUAGCUAUGAGCUGAGAGGUUUUUUCUUUUUUAAUUCAAAUUUUUAGACACUAACUACAUGACUUUUUUGUUUUCCUAUUUUUUUUCUUGCCCUCUCCCCCAAUAUUGCUGCAUAUUUCUUUAGAAUCAAUGCAGUAUUACCAUGAAAACAUGGGACUCCUAACAACUCAUAAAGCCACUUAGGAACAGACUGUAGCAUUGUUAGGUAUUGAAGGGUUCUUCCUCCCUAUUUUAUCAUUGAAGCUGCUAGUCAUUAUUGGCAAUCAGUUUAAACCAAAAAGCUGCUGAGUAACACUUGUCAUUCAGAUUCUUUGCAAGCACUACUUAUUAGCAUAUUAGUAUGUUGAGAAUCAUAAACGGAGAAAGUAUGUUAUCGAUUGAUUAUCUACUUCUGUUGGGUCCAUGCUGCAUUUCUUGUGAACUAUAAUGGUGCUUCUCAUUUUCUGAUGAUUUUCCAUUCUUAAAUAUGUGUAUUAAAAGAUAUUUUCAUAAUUCCAGCCAACAUGGUGGGCCGGUGGUAACAAGCAGAUAGUGAAAAGGAGGUGUCCUGAAAAUCUUAGUGCAACUUUAAGCUUUAAUAUAGUGUGCUUGGGCCCUCCAGGGCACUGCUGAAGUAUAAAUGCUACCGACUUACAAAACACCAUUUGAAAGUGUGUAGUUAUGUCUUGUAAACUUACCUAGUUUUGUAAAUUUUAGAUACUAGACUUUUCGAUGAUUGCCCCUCUUGAAGAUGGCAAAUGCUGGCUGGAACAAAAAAAUAGUUAAAACGAAAAGUCUACUAGACUUUUCGAUGAUUGCCCCUCUUGAAGAUGGCAAAUGCUGGCUGGAACAAAAAAAUAGUUAAAACGAAAAGUCUACUAGACUUUUCGAUGAUUGCCCCUCUUGAAGAUGGCAAAUGCUGGCUGGAACAAAAAAAUAGUUAAAACGAAAAGUCUAGUAUCUAAAAUUUACAAAACUAGGUAAGUUUACAAGACAUAACUACACUUUCAAAUGGUGUUUUGUAUGUUGGUAGCAUUUAUACUUACACAAGUAUCAAAGCUUAAAAUUGUACUAAGACUUGAGAGAUGCCUCGUACCCUCCCCUUUUUAAAAUAGUUCUUUGUAGGGGCUUUGCUGUUCACCUCUUUUGACCAUCUGAGUUUCUUUUUUCUACAUUUGGUAAAACUUAUGAAGAGCCAUGGUAAUUCACAUGGAAUAAACUGAAAGGAACUGGACUUUUAAUUGUAGUGAUCUGAAAGUAGGUGAUCUGAAACAGCUCUUCGAGCCUACGGGUUAACCUGGCUGGAGGGGUUCUCAUUUCCAGUCCUGCUGUUUAAGAGGAACCCUCACCUCAGGCUUUAAAGGGCAGGGAGUUAAGUAAUCAGUCUUCUAGGAGGUUGGUAAUGAUGUUAUUUAAACUUGAAAUGUUUAAAAAAAAAAAAAAAAAAAAAGAUUAGUGUUCCUAACCAUGUGAAAUCUUUCUCCUGCCUUCUCAAAUGUAAUCCAGGAAUUUUGCCUGUAAACCUCGCAUGUCUGGGCCAGGGAUACUUUCUCUCAGUAUAGCAAGGCUUCAUAUUAUAUUGAGUGCUGUGGGUUCCAUCAUUUUUAAAGGACAGACACAUAAAUGAUAAGGGGUUAACCUGGCUGGAGGGGUCUCCUUUCCAGUCCUGCUGUUUUUAAGAGGAACCCUCACCAAAAAACAAACAAAAAACAACAACAACAAAAAAAAAGGCAAAAAAAAAGAGGAACCCUCACCUCAGGCUUUAAAGGGCAGGGAGUUAAGUAAUCAGUCUUCUAGGAGAUUGGUAAUGAUGUCACUUAAACUUGAAAUGUCAAAAAAAAAAAAAAUUUAAUGUUCCUAACCACGUGAAAUCUUUCUCCUGCCUUCUCAAAUGUAAUCUAGGAAUUUUGCCUGUAAACCUAGCAUGUCUGGGCCAGGGAUACCUUUUCUCAGUAUAGCAAGGCUUUGUAUUAUAUUGAUUGCUGCAGGUUCCAUCAUUUUUAAAGGGCAGACACAUAAAUGAUAAGGGGUUAACCUGGCUGGAGGGGUCUCCUUUCCAGCCUUGUUUAAGAGGAACCCUAACCUCAGGCUUUAAAGGGCAGGGAGUGAAGUAAUCAGUCUUCUAGGAGAUUGGUAAUGAUGUCACUUAAACUUGAAAUGUUAAAAAAAAAAAAAAGAUUAGUGUUCCUAACCAUGUGAAAUCUUUCUCCUGCCUUCUCAAAUGUAAUCUAGGAAUUUUGCCUGUAAACCUAGCAUGUCUGGGCCAGGGAUACCUUUUCUCAGUAUAGCAAGGCUUCGUAUUAUAUUGAUUGGGGCAGGUUCCAUCAUUUUUAAAGGACAGACACAUAAAUGAUAAGGGGUUAACCUGGCUGGAGGGGUCUCUUUCCAGUCCUGCUGUUUAAGAGGAACCCUCACCUCAGGCUUUAAAGGGCAGGGAGUUAAGUAAUCAGUCUUCUAGGAGAUUGGCAAUGAUGUCACUUAAACUUGAAAUGUAAAAAAAAAAAAAAAAAAAAAGAUUAGUGUUCCUAACCAUGUGAAAUCUUUCUCCUGCCU